UCGAUUAUAUUAUUAAACACCUUAAAUUAAUUUAGUCUUACAUGGCUAUAAUGUCAACUACGCCAUCCCGUUGGUUUGGUGUUGCAAUACUAAGACAUGGAUAAAAAGGAUCGCAGUAAAACCAAAAACAGGAAAUCACCAAUAAAACCUAAAUCUGGUAAAAAGAGGACCACCGAAGGUCAAUCAUGUUCGAUGUUCCUCGUCGAAUUAUCCAGAAAAUUAGCCCAAAAGAAGAAAGAAGAGCAGGAAGCACCUAUAAAUAUCGUGGGUACUAUUCUCAACAGUUUAACCAACGCGUUGCCGGUGGUUGUCUGCAACGGUUCACCAGUCAGAAACCAGUCUCCAGUUAAAAUUGAGACUUUGCAAUCUAUCGCUCCAGAACUUCAACUGAACGAUGUCUUAGAAAUAGUAUCUAAAGAACCAGAGCACACCGAAGUACCCAGGGAAUCCAGAGAAGUCAAGAAUCCAAAGAGAAAGUUCAGGAUGCCAAAAAUGCCAGUGAUAACCAGUGAUGUGUUUAAGCAGAAAAUACACGUGCCAACUGAGGACGUGGCUGUUAAUACCAGUAGUAACCAUGAUAUGGCCUCCAGUUUAGCAAAAUACGUUGGCACUUUAAAGAAGAUAUCACUUAUUGCUGAGGAGUUUAAUCAAAAGACAGCUAAAAACCUCAAAGAAAUCGUAGACAGCGUACAAGAAGACCUACAAGUGAAGCUAGAAGAACUAGUAUACGAGCAAAAAGUCGCUAAAAAAGUAGACCGAACCAUGGAGGUCGUACAAGAAGAGUUUGAGCAAGCAGGAACAAGUUUUGUAACAAAUUAAAAUGAACAAUUAUUG